CGGAGACACAGACGGGAGAGCAAGUUAAGUUUGAGAUUGGUGAAAUUGUCUAAGUCUAUUCAUCAACUCCACUGUAACUGUUCCAGACAACAAUAACAACAACAACAACAACAACGUCCCUCUGUGAUUAGCAACCGCUAACCUCUCACUCACAGAGGAAUAACAAAAACACCACAAUCAUCAAGCAAACCACUAAACACUUCAGAAAUAUUUCAACAUAAACAUAUUUAAUGUGUUUCAGGAUGGAGUAAAGGAUUUAACGCCUAGUUUAAUCGGCUUGUUUAGACGAGGUGUUCGAUAGAGUGCUCGGUAACAAGGUUAAAAUCACAGGCUGGUUUAUGAUUUUAGGAUAAACUGAGAUAGGAUGUUUUAAUAAAUACUUCUGAUUUGUAUUCUAUUUGUAGAAUAUUGAACUUGUCAGGUCUUCGCGUGAUUUGUUUGAUUAGCAAGUUGUUUGUUUAGCAUUUCCAUUGAUUGAAGACUAGGCCCUCUGAUGGCGGAGUGAAGUACUGCAGGAGGGUUUUUGGUAUACAAUGGGAUGAAUAGGAAGUGGGCAGAGGGACUAGAGAGCUGGGACGGGACCGAGUGUGUGAGAGUGAGAGUGAGAGAGAGAGAAGGAGAAAAGAGGGAUUUAACGAUCAUAUUUUGUCGUGGUUUCUUUUUUUUUUUUUUCUUCCUCCACCGGAUUUAGCAGUGUAGCCCCGCACUGAUGCUACAAACAUACGAUGUGAGGAAACGUCACCAUGAAGUUCGCCUGGAAAGCUAAAAUGAGCUCGGUGCAGGACUGGGGUGAGGAGGUGGAGGAGGGGGCCGUUUACAGCGUCACACUCAAGAGGGUCCAAAUUCAACAGGCGGCCAACAAAGGGGCAAGAUGGCUGGGGGUGGAGGGCGAUCGGUUGCCCCCGGGUCACACGGUCAGUCAGUUAGAGACGUGUAAGAUCCGCAGUAUUCGUGCGGGGACGCUGGAGCGGCUUGUGGAGACCCUGCUCACUGCGUUCGGCGAUAACGAUCUCACCUACACCAGCAUCUUCCUGUCCACCUACAGAGCCUUCGCCAGCACACACAGCGUCCUGCAGCUACUGCUCGACAGGUACGGACACAUGGAGGACAGUGACAGAGAGAGCAGUCAGAGCCAAGCCGGGGAAAAUCGAGGCGCCGUGAGAACGGCGUUAGCAUCCAUCCUGAGGGCGUGGUUAGACCAGUGCCCCGAGGACUUUCAGGAGCCACCAUCUUACCCGAGUCUGCGCAGGGUUUUAGGGUUUCUGAAGAAGGCGAUGCCAGAUUCCGAGCCGACGCGGAGAGCGCAGAGCCUGCUGGAGCAGCUACAGAGUCAUUCCAACGGGGAGAGUGAAACAGACGGUGGUUUCCACGGUAACAGCCCUUUCUGCCUGGGCGAGGAUGAGGAAGUGGAGAUUGAGGUUCAGGAGGACUUCCUGUCCUUCAGCGCCGACCUGGUGGCCGAGCAGCUCACUUACAUGGACGCGCUGCUCUUUAAGAAGGUGGUUCCUCAUCACUGUCUGGGUUCCGUUUGGUCUCAGAGAGAUAAGAAGGAGAACAAGCAGGCGGCCCCCACCGUGAGGGCCACCAUCACCCAGUUUAACGCUGUGGCAGGCUGCGUGGUGAGCACCGUCCUCCACCCGCGACACCUGCGACCACACCUACGAGCACGAAUCAUCCAGCGCUGGAUCGACAUCGCAAAGGAGUGUCGCAUUCGUAAGAAUUUCUCCUCCCUGAAAGCCAUCGUGUCGGCCCUGCAGUCCAACCCCAUCUACAGACUGAAGAGAGCGUGGGCCUGCGUACACAAAGACAGCAUGCAGAUGUUUGAGGAGCUCUCGGACAUUUUCUCCGAUCACAACAAUUACCUGACGAGCCGAGAGCUGCUCAUGAGGGAGGGCACGUCGAAGUUCGCCAAUCUGGAGAACUGCGCCAAGGAGCAUCAGAAGCGCUCGCAGAAGAGACUGCAGCUGCAGAAAGAGACGGGCGCCAUGCAGGGCACGAUUCCGUAUCUGGGAACGUUCUUGACCGAUCUGACCAUGCUGGACACGGCUCUGCCCGACCUGGUCGAGGGCGGACUGAUCAACUUCGAAAAGAGGAGGAGGGAGUUUGAGCUAAUCGCUCAGAUCAAGCUGCUGCAGUCUGCGUGUAACAGUUACUGCCUCAAUCCUGACCCCGCCUUCCUGCGCUGGUUCAAGAACCAACCCCAUCACACUGAGGAGGAGAGCUACGGUCUGUCCUGUGAGAUCGAAGGACUCGGAGACAGCAGUCCCACGUCGCCCAAGUCCCGCACCAGUAUGGUGAAAAGACUGAGUCUGCUUUUCUUGGGAACGGACUCGACGACGAGCACGACCACGAGUUCCCCUGUGAGAGAAACGGCGAGGUCGCCCCCUGCUGGCAGCUCGGGGGAGAGCAUGGACUCGGUCAGCGUGUCCUCCAGCGACUCCAGUCCGUCAGACAGCGAAGGCAUGACGCCCACGCACACACUCCGCUCACACAUGACCAAGAUGUCCGAGUCGUCCUCCUGCACGUCCCUGCACUCCAUCGACACGUCCUCGUCCUCGGCUAGCGGUUCUGCGGCGCCGUGCGCUCACCGCCGCUGCGCAUCACUGACGCCGUCUCCGACCUCGCCGGUAUCGCCUGCAUACAACACGCAGACCCAGGACGCCUGCAUCAUCCGAGUCAGCCUGGAGCACGGCAACGGGAACCUCUACAAGAGCAUCAUGUUAACGAGCCAGGACAAAACCCCGGCCGUGAUCAGCAGAGCCAUGGCUAAACACAACCUGGACGAGGACCAGGCCGAGGCCUACGAGCUCGUUCAGGUCAUAUCGGACGAGAGAGAGUUGGUGAUUCCUGACAACGGCAACGUGUUUUACGCCAUGAACACGUCGGCCAACUUCGACUUCGUCCUGCGCACUCGCGGCUCCGAAGGACGACCGGUGCAGCUUCGCUCUCGCUGCAGCUCCACGUUACCGCGCGCACAGCCACGCGCCAGCCUGUCCCUCAGGCUCAGCAAGGUCACACUCUGACCUUUAACCCCAGCCAGUGUCUCUGUGUGCGUGUGCAUGUGAAGACGCUGCAUGAAGUAGAAGGUCCGGAGAUCAACGGUCCGGCCUGUUUUACGUGCAAUGCUCUAAAAAAAUUUCCAGUAUUUCGGACUUCUUUGUUCGUGUAUUCACGGCCGUGUCCUGAUCCAACACGAGCGCCCGAGUGGAGUUCUCAUAGCUUCGACUAAAGAUGGACGUCUGAAUGGAUUUAAAAAAAAAACACUUGUGUGCUUUAUCAGUAUUCUGCUCUCAUUGAGCGUCUCUCUCUCUCUCUCUGCCUAUCCUCAUGAUGAUGAUGAUGAUGAUGAUGAUGGGACGCUCACGUCAGUGUUAGAAGAUUAACAGGACCUGUGAUGUCAUCGCCAUCGUCAUCGCUCGUGUAUGUGUGUUUUUUCACGCCCUCAUGUGCACUUACGCGUCUGCCAAGUUCCUCUCGGCGCCCCCUGCAGGCUCCGGCGUCCGGAGCCGCGUGACGAACGGAACACGUUCUGAUCGGUUCCCGAUCGUCCCCGAUAGUACCGAUAUGAAGGCUCAGACUCGGGGAUCACGGCCUGGGCUGAGCUCUGAUUGGUCGCACUUGUUCGUAGUUGGGUGCAAGUGAAGAAUUGUAUUAAAAAAAAAACAACAACAACGGGGGAAAGAAAAAAAAAAAAGAAAAAAACAAUCGAUCCAACCUUGUAUUAUUGUAUUUCAGUCUUCCACACUUUAGUGUUAAUAAACACUCACUAGGAAAAAUAUCUUUUUAUUUCUUUUUUUUUUGUUGUUGUUGUAAGAAAUAGCUCUAACAUGAAUUAGAGAAGGAAUUGCUAAGUUUUUAAAUAAUUUCUAAAUAAAUAAUGACGAAACUGUGAAGAAUUGACGGUAACAGCGUGUCCUAUUCAGUGUGACGUAUUCAGACCGCGUCACGUCCCAGAUCUCGUCCUUCGCACGUCACUGGCUGGUUUAUGUUUUGUUUCGCUAGGUCACGUUUUCGUUCUGUCCCAGCUCCACACGUGGGGGAAAAAAAAAAAAAAAAAAAAACCCCACACAAUACGGAGGUAUAAAUCGGUAGACGUUGAUUCGGGCGUGUCCGACAUGUAUAAGAAUAAACCCGCCCGCUCCGCGCCGUUAAUUCACAAACGAGUUCGCGCUACUUACGAAGGGUUUCGGGAAACGUCCGUCACUUAAAGAACGUCCUUACGGACGUGAUCCCGGAGAACGUCUCGGGAAACCCGCUCGUGAGCGAUUUGGUUUUCCGCGGCACAUACGCAAAGUUCAGGGUUGACGCAAAAUGGCGGCCAUUAGCUAGUCCUAUCGCUCUUGCGCGAUCGUUUCUGCGACCCGCCCCCGAGCCUUGACCACGCUACAUUUUUUUAAGAAUAAUAAUAAUAAUAAAAAAUCCAGAUUAAUAAUUGUGGAUGUGUAAACAUAUCCACCGAUGCUGAAAUAUUUCAUUGACAUAUUUCUAUUUUCCGUUGUGUUCCACCCGAUGUUUCCAGGGGAACUCGGAGAGGAAUUUGUCCACGGUUGUGCGGGGGAGGGAGGCGGAGUAUACGUAAUAUUCAUUUGUAAAUUAAUGAGCACAAGUUUGAGCACCCCUGAUAUUGAUUUGAAUGCAAAUCUUAAAAGUGUGAUAUAAAUUACAAUCAAAUAGAUUAUUUUUUUUUCCUUAGAGACGUACAGACUGGAACACUUAAAGG